CGCAGGUCCCUCGCUUGGUCAUCGGAGCCCCAUUUGCCCGGGAGGGCAGAGACGUGGGGGCGACUUGGUAACCGACACCAAGGUGACUACUAGGAAGACCUGCGGACUUUUCGGGGGUAUAGGGACUGGCACGGCAUCCGGAGAAUCAGUUUGGUCCCCCAACGGGUGUUGAUAUAGCUGCUUCGGCUUCCUACGAGGUGUGGGGGACAUGCCCCCAGUCCCCAGGUGCGUCUCCCAAGAUAUUUAGAUAGCUCAUGAGGCUCGGUGAUCCACCCUGGAUGUGAAACUUCAACCACGAGAUUCUUUCCUGAACUCCUGAAAUACUCAUUAGGAAGGGCAGUGAUUUGCGGAGAAACAAAAGGAACUCAGACAUGACCAGGAAGAUCUUCACAAAUACCAGGGAGCGGUGGAGGCAGCAAAAUGUCAACAGUGCCUUUGCUAAGCUGAGGAAGCUCAUUCCCACUCACCCUCCAGACAAAAAGCUGAGCAAAAAUGAAACACUUCGCCUGGCAAUGAGGUAUAUCAACUUCUUGGUCAAGGUCUUGGGGGAGCAAAGCCUACAGCAAGCAGGAGUGGCUGCUCAGGGAAACAUUCUGGGGCUCUUCCCCCAAGGACCCCACCUGCCYGGCCUGGAGAACAGGAGUCUCCUUGAUGAUUACUGUGUUUCUUCACCUGGCCCAGACCACCACCUUCCAUAGUAUGGCUUCAGCUGUCAUCACCCAGGCAGCACUUGUCAGAAGUCACUGCUGUGAACAGCCUUAUGCAUGUUCCAGAGUCCACUGGAUGAAUGACUUGUGAGGCAUGAAUUGAGCCUCAUGGGAGGUGGCUGACAGAGCUGCAGGGAGCUGAAAGGAGGCCACAAGGAAUGUAUCCCUGGAGCCCAUGGCCCCCAAGACUUCAGGCCAAACCCUGCCUUCUGUCUGUUUUACAAAUUCAGGUUCUGUAUAAGAUGUUUGAAAAAAAAUCAUGAAUUUAAAAAUCCCUGUUUUACUCAAUGUAUUCAGUAAUAAGAAAGAAGUUUUCUCAUCAUGGAUCUCAGAUGAAUGAGCAGAAUAUGUUUCCCUCACAACAUAUUUAAAAACUUGUUUUUGAAGAAUGAGACAUAUGUGGUCAAGGACAAACAAAAUAAAUUUUAAGAUUGGUGUAUGAAAAGAAAGUCCCUGAAGAACCAACUUGGGAGACAUGGAAAAAAACUCCCCGAGGAGUGAAGAUUGCAUAGAUGUGGAAGAGUGUUGUAUCCUUUAAAUGCUAUAGAAAUGUGAGUUUUACUUAUAUUGAGCCAUUUAUACAUAUGAUAUCUCUAAAGUUAAGCAGUGGGUUUAUCUAUGAAAGCAGGAGGACCUGAUAAUUUAUGAGUUGAGUUCAUAGUUUUCUUAUUUAAAAAAAAAAAAGUUGGCUAAAAUAAAUUAGCAAACCCUUUAUUUCACAAGUCAGGUAUUAAAACUUUUAAUUCAGCCUGAGUUCCUGCUGACUUAAGAAUCAUGAAAUUCUAUUGUAAUUAUGAAAAUCCAAACAUUACCAUUUAAUGACUCAUUUAACAGAGUUUAGUUUAAACAAAACAUUUAGAGUAAACAAUAGAAAUGUAAUGCCAGACUCUGGUGAACAAAUGAAUUUGUACUUUGCCUUCUUUGCUUUGGAACAUUAGCUUAGUCUUAUUCUGGGGGGUGGGUGUGGUACCCAAGUCAAUGAAAUAGUGUGGAUUUUAUAGAACUCAUCACUGAGUGUCAUCCUGAACCUGAUGACACUUGGAUUCAAAGAUUAAAUCCUGUAGUUGAGGCCAGAAAUGUAAACAGUGUCAUUGGAUUAUCUCUGGAACUUUUUAUUUCCCCAAAAUUCUAGUCCAUGGWUUGGUUUUAAAGUCUUUUGAACCAGGGGUAAGAAAUCUAUGGAUUUGAGGUUAGGAAUUUCCAGUGUAUACACAAUAAAGGAAUUUGAACUUUCUGCCACUCUAGAAAGAAUUUUGUAAAUGAAAGGUUGAAAUAGGCCUUCUUGGUUUGACAAUAAAAAGAAAUCUGGGUGAGUCUCUCAGUGAUCUCAUUUUCCCAAAGUAGCAAGGUCAACAUGUUAUUAGCUCUAUAUAGACUUAGUACUUACAGCCCCGUGGGUCUAUUUGAACCAGUAAGGUUUCCUUCUAGAUUCUUUAUUUAACCUGCAUUUGGUAAACCUCCGCACAUUUCCAGUAUAGUUCAGGGAAACACACAAGCAGGAACAGGGGACUUUCCCCCAAAUGUGCAUUUCUUUCUCACCAGCUUGGGUGAACUCCAGCUUGUCCUCCAGUUAUCAGGCRAUUUCAAAGUUUUGAGGACAGUUAUUAAUUGAGUAGCAUUACCUAAUCUCUCAACAACACUUUCAACUAUAUUUUUUAUAUUAGUUUCAUUUUAGCACAUUGAUAAGGAAAACACAGAGCACUUCUGUGCCUGAAUAUAGGAUUUUGUUCCUCUACCCAGAAUGAGUUCACUUUCCCACUGCUGAGCUGUAGGCUAUGUGGACAAAGAGGGUCUUUCCACUGAAAUGUAACAGAUUCUGCAAAGACAUUAGGAGGUUGAGUUAUUACAUGAGGGGGGUUGUUAAGGAUUUUCUGCAGCAAAUCCUUUGAUAAAUGAAUACACCUUUACAAUAUUACUCUGUGUAAUCCAUUUCUUAAAAUAUUCAUUUUCUCAGCUUGGMUUUUUGUAUAUCAAUUUGUAUUAUAUUAAAGUAACUGUCAAAAAAAAUUAUAGCUGGGCAUGGUGGUGCAUGCCUGUAAUCCCAGCAGCUCAGGAGGCUGAGGCAGAAGGAU